CCCCCAGAGAAACCUGAUCCCCAUGGCAACAACAUAAACGAUUUAAAAAACCAGCCGGUCCACUUUUUCUCUAUCCAAAUCCUAAUCACCAAGGAAACUCUCACUCUCUCACUCCACGCGCACCUGCAUCUCUUUUCGCAUUCAUUCAUUAGAGUCGAUGAUCACCAUCGUCACUAAAUAAUCUCCCAGACGACGAAAAGAAAAAGUUUCUAAAUUGUGAAUCUCCUCGUCGUUGUGUGAAUGGCGCAGUAGGUGCAUGGCAAUCAAUCACGCAGGUCCUUUCUGAUUUAUUUUUUAGUAACCAUGGAAACCAUGAACGAAAUUUCCAAGAACAUCGAUGGGGUUUAUAAGAACCUGUUCCAAAACUACCACCCCCAAACCACGGCGAUCCUCCAAUCUGCAAAAGCCUAUUUAAAAUCACUGCACGGCUCCACGGCCGCAUUUUCAAUCUACGCCGAAACCAUGGCAACGUUUUCAAAAUCCAUUUCUAAAUCGAAUCAGGAACAUGGGAAAGAGUUUGAAACCAUAGCAACGCGUUUGAAUAAUUUGCACACGCAGCAGUUGGCUUUCCUAAAACAAUUCUACAUUGACUUUAUCCUCCCCCUGGAAAACAACAAUCUCGAACGGGACCUCAAAGUCAUGCAGCAACACUACCGCUCCUACACCUCGAAGCGGAACCUGACUUUGGAAUCCUUUAAAAAAGCGUUGUCCACGGUGAAGAAGAUAAAAAAGAAAAGGAUGAAAAACCAUGGAAACCUGGAUAAAGAAAUUAGAGGGCUGCAGGCUUAUCAAGAAGAGUGCGUGAGGGUGGAAGAGUUUUUCGAACAGAGCUUGAGGGAAGUCCUCGGGGAGGAGUUGAAAAGGUUCGGGUGGGUCUGGGGCAAACAGGUCGAGUUGUUUGGAGGGGGGAUGGAAACCAUGGAAACGAAAUUGGGGAAUAAAUUGGAGAGUAGUAGGUCGUCAAGUGAAGCCACCCUUGAAGAGGAGGUGGAGGAUCUGGGUCGGGCCAUGGGGCAACCACCCCCGGCUCCACCACCACUCCCACCACCGGUGACCACGCCCCCUCUAGUGGCACCCCCACCACCACCCCCUCUAGCUCCUCUGACCCCACCCACGACCACACCCCCUCCCAAAAUCCUCCCCGCCCUCCACACCUACAAAAACGAUGAGGAAGACGAUGGAUUUCACCAAUUAUUAAAUUUCGAGCAGGGCGAUUUGGUUGCCAUGACGGGCACGCCCUCCCCGUUCGGCUGGCAAUUUGGAGAAAAUUUACGGACGAAAAGGUCUGGGUGGUUUCCAAUCAGUUUUAUUCAGAGUUCGUCGUUGCCUGGCAACCACUAUUCCACCCUGGAAAAUAUUCCCCUCCCUGAAAUUGACUACGAAAUUGAGGAUGACGACGAGGAUGAAAUGUUUUUCGAAAAAUUCGGGAGCUAUGGCGACAUUUGCAACGCCCCGGAAAUAAACACGCGAUUAUCCCGCUCGGCAAGUUUUGCCUCGACGAUGACCUCGUCGGUAACCAUGGAAACCAAACCGAGACCAAAAUUGUUCCAGAUGAUUAAAAGAACAUUUUCUUAUAUUUCCAUGGGAAACACGACGGUGGGGAAGAGCGAUGCGGGGUGUUUGGAGGGGAAUCGACAGUUGCCAUGGGAACAGGAGGGGGAGGGGGAGUUUAGGUUUAAGAGUUUGAACGGCAGGAAUUUAGGGGGAGGAGCGAGGACGUUUGGGGGGGAAAACAUCAGCGGGAGGAGGAGGGCCAAGUGGGACGACUUGUGGGGGGACGAGGAUUAUUUUUUCAGCGGAGGUGGGAGGAGUGUUAAGAGCAAAGCGAGAUGAUUUAUUUUUUUUGUUAUUAAAUAAAAUUUUUUCCAUGGAAA